AUGGGGUCAUCGAACAUAGAUGUGACUCUGACGAGAGGGGGUUCCUUGGUGAACUCCGUUUCUGAGUGGGACGUGCUCGAUAUCACCGAUAGCGACCACAGGACCAUCAGAUUCAAGAUCCGAAUCGGAUCAGGACCAGAAGGGCCCGCAAUAGGGAAACGUCGCUUCAAUACUAGGAAAGCCGAUUGGGAUAGGUUUAGGUGGGUUCUGGCCCAGAAGGUUCUCGGUGACCCUGAGACCAUGGUGGGCGGGUGCGAUGUCGUCGCUGGUGCUCUAACGCGAGCCCUCGGGCAAGCGAUGGAGGCCUCGAUGCCACGCUCACGCAAGUCCGCUAGGAUAAAACCGCCGUGGUGGGACGCUGGACUCGAAGAGUCCAAGAGGCGUCUCAAUAACUUCAGGCGCACCAGGGACUACAAAGUCGCGGAUAGGGAUCAAUUCAGAGUGCUCAGGAACGAGCAUCUGAAAAAGAUUAGGAGGGCCAAGAUGGAGUCGUGGAGGAAGUUCGCUACCUCCAUAAACUCGGACAUCUGGGGCCCUGUCUAUCGUUGGGCUAGGAAUGGUUCUUCUAAGAGUAGGAUUCCAAGCUCCGUGCUCCGGGAAGACGGAACCUUCACGGUGACGGCUUUGGAGACGGCUGAGUGUCUGUUGGAGAGUCUCAUCCCCAGGGACGUGACUGCUCCCAUCUUCGAACAUGGCAUUGUUGAGAGAGAGAGGCCGGAGGUCACGGAGGCGGAGGUUAAGAGGGCCGUCUGGAGGAUGGCCCCUAACAAAGCUCCGGGAUUGGACGGUAUCACCGCCGGGGUUCUCAGGAAGGCCUGGGGCGUAAUAGGCACGCCGCUAACCAGUGUCCUGAGAGAGUGCCUUAGGAGGUCGGUCUUUCCGGAUUGCUGGAAGACUGCUGAGGUCGUGGUCAUCAGCAAAGGUCAGGAUAGGGACCCGAGCCUUCCUAAGUCAUACAGACCGGUUAGCUUGCUUUCGGCACCGUCAAAAGUGCUGGAACGGCUGGUGGUGGACAGACUUGAGGAAGAGACGGGGGGAGCUCUGUCAGAGGAGCAACACGGUUUCAGAGUCGGCAAGUCUACAAUCAGCGCGAUCAAGUCGUGUCUGGAUUGGGUGGACAACAGUCAGGAAAUGGUGGUAGGUGUUUUCUUAGAUAUCUCAGGCGCUUUCAAUAACCUGAGAUGGAACAUAUUGAUUAGGGACAUGAUGACUCUGGGCGCAUCAGAUGCGACCAGAUCAAUCAUACAAAGCUAUCUGACGGGCAGGAGGGCGGUGCUCUCGGUUGAGGGAGCGACAGCAUUCGCGGAUCUCACCAGAGGCUGCCCUCAAGGCUCACAGCUAGGUGCCAAGUCUUUGGAAUUUGUCGAUGGAUAG